UUAUAGGUGUGAAAGAUGUUACCUUGCAGAAUUAGAGCAGUAUUUAUGUGGAUAAAUAGUAAAUUAGAUUAGACCUAACUGAAAAUAAACUCUUUAAGGACAAAGAAGCAACAAGAAAUCUGGAACUGCUUCCUUCCAAGCUUAAAUUUCUCUCAAAUUUUUAGGAUAUCUUGCCAAUUCAUGGGUAAUAGAACUUCCAUUAUUCAAAGACAAGAAGGAAAACAAGCACCCAAAGGAAAAUGCAUUUAGGGAUAUCAGCUAUACUGGGACCACCAGGAGCUAAACCCUCCUGCAUGGAUUGAGUCAUUGGACAACAAAGGUCUCCUUCCAGAAUUACUCAAUGAAAUUAGAAAAUAAAUACGAAACUGCUAACUUUAAAUGCUUAAAUUUCUAUACUUUCAAUAUUCAAAAAAAGAAACCCGAAUGAAAAUGGAAAAAAAAAAAGGAAUAAAAUAAAGGAACAAACUCCAAUAUACACAGAGUAUGUAUUCUAGUACCCUGUUUAUGCUUACUCAUUCUUCAUCCACUGCUUUUUCUUUAACUCCCCCAAAUGGAAUUUGGCUUCACUGCAUUUGAAACUGUUUUAUUUAUGGGAAAAAUAGAUGUGAAGAUUACAAGAUGUUUAGGAUGAUUUUGCUCACCCUUUAAGCUCAACAGCUAAAAUGGAGAUGUGCUCUUGAAAAUUCAUACAACUCUCACUUAACAGGGAAAUUGUACAAUAUACCAAUAUGGGAACUUAUGCCAUAUGAGGUUAAUUACUAGUGAAAGCUCAUAUGAGGUGCCAUGUAAUUUACUAGGUCUAUUAACUUCACGUAAUAUCAGAAAAUAAAUGUAUGUUCACAUUCAAAAAUUUUAAGUUAUAUAUUUAAUCAAAAGUAGGUUGAUCAUUUGUAUUUUUAGCACAUGUCUCUUAACAUUAUAUCUUAGCAAGUAUUCUUUUAUUAAGAAGUGUAAGUGAAUUACCCAAAUGUUAUUGUACUUUGAAAAAGCAUACACCUCAUUGUUAAGCUAAUAUGUCAUUAAUAUGCAUACUCUUAUUUGCCUAUCAAAAAAUAAAAAUAAAAAAACAUUGUUAAGCUAAUAUUCCAUGUCAAAUAAAGUGGUGAUUGUAUUGAGUUCCAAGCAGUUUUGAAUAGUUACAGUGAACUUUGAGAAGUUUGGGAGAGUUUAAAUGAGCUUUUGAGUAUCUUUAAAAUUAAAUUAGCGAGAGGGAGGGAGUAGGUUCCGGGAGUUAUAAUUUAAAACUACAUGGAGGGAGGGAGGGUGUAAAAAAUUAGAAGUUACAUUUAGACUUCAUUUCUAUUGCCUCGAGAAUGGAAAAUUGUGUUUUUUCUAUGAAAACAGGUUGGAACUUCAAACCAUGAUGUGUUGGCAUGUCAAUCUUCCCAAACUCAUGUAAGAAAUUAGCGGAGGAACUUGUUCAGAUGUUCAUACUUGAACUAAAUUUGAAGCGGUUGCUUGUAGUGGAGUUACUCUCCAUCAGUUGUGAAGAAGCCUCACAAGACGAUCGAUAUUGUUGGUCAGAUGAGUUGUAUCCUGGGGAAUUUGAUGAUUUGGGUAUAUGCAGCUUGCAUUCAAAAGAAAUUGGCGAGCUUAUUCCCCCAAAAAUAAUAGGUUUUGACCUGUUAUACGUUCUAAUCAGCAGCCAGAUGAUGAGAUCUUACAGGUUUACCUUACAACUUGGCUUGCAGAGGUGAACACUGAUACACAUAGGGUUGAUGAAAUAUUUGCUGUAAUUGGGGAGGAAAUGCACGUUGGCCUUUCAUGAACCUGCUUAUAUGGCAAAAAGGAGAGAAGUGCUACUCCAAUGAAUCCAUCAAAGAUUCUGCAGACCACAAUAGGCUAAAAAUUGGGUAAUCCUAUAAUUUAUCUGUAUCUAUAUCAUAUAUGAGCAAAGUGUUGAAAACUAUUUUUUUUUCCUGAAAUAUCCUGUUCAUCACUCUUAUGUACGCAUACAUCCUAUUAUUAUUUUAUUGAAAUAAUUUGGAUUA